AUGAUGAGCUCGCUGGGCAGCGAAAAGGCCCGGGGCCCUCGUGAAAAAGUGCUGCCUGCUGCCACUCACACGUCUCAACCACAGAAACAGAUACAGGUGAGAGCUACUGCUGAGCAAAUUCGGCUUGCCCAGAUGAUCUAUGACAAGAAUGAUGCUGACUUUGAAGACAAAGUUAACCAGCUGAUGGAGGUUACUGGAAAAAACCAGGACGAGUGUAUGGUCGCGCUUCAUGACUGCAACGAGGACGUGAGCAGAGCCAUCAACUUCCUCUUGGAAAGCACCUCUGAUAUGACCUCAUGGGAGACAGUGGGGAAGAAGAAGCCACUGAUUAAGGAAGGUCCUUCAGAAAGCAAGGAGAACAAGGAGAACCGUGAGAAAAAGGGCGAGAAGGAGGGUGGCAAGGGCCGUGCGGCAUCUAAUCGCAAGGGCAAAGGAGGCAAUCGAAACCGACAGGCUCGUCCAGUGGAAAAUGGUGUGGAGGUGACACCAGUGGAAAGAGGCUCCGAUCGCGGGAAGAGGGCAAAAGGUGGUCGAGGUGAGAUGGCAAAUUCCAAAAAUGAUGGUCUGGUGGUCGAGGCAGAGGUAAAGGACCAGCAGCAAGCAGGUUCUCAGCUCAGGGCAUGGGACUAUACCUCAGAGGCGGGGACAGGGACCACACAGAGUGAGGCUUGGGACACAGCGGCUAACAACAAUACAGAUGAGAUGGCUAACUGGAGACACCCGAUUGAAGACUAUGGACCUGAGGACUGGAGUGAGGAUGUUAGUCUCUCUGAGACCAAAGUGUUCACUUCCUCAUGCGCACCUCCUGCUGAGAAUCAUGUCACAUCUGGCCAAAGUCUGGACCUAGCCUCUCUGCUGCAAAAACCGGUAGUCGGUGGAAGAGAAGCACCGUCCUCCUCCUCCACGCAGAGUCUGGUCUUCACCAACUCUCACCACCACCAGCUACCACAGCAGCAACAUCAGCCUCCUCCGAGCCGCAGCACCACCAGUGGCACCAGCUAUGCUCAUGCUGCUCUGUCGUCAGUUCUCGGAGCAGGUUUUGGAGACCUGGGCCAAGCCAAAAGGCCUCCACCCAGUGCGGGGGCUCAGAUAUUGGAGCAGCUCAAGGGUCCUGGCUUGGGUCCUCUGCCAUCGUCCCAGGUGGCACAUCCUGCCAACACCCAAGGAGGCAACCCUUCAAUUGGCCGACUGCCAAGCCUUGGAGCAUCUGUACCUCCACCUUCUUCCUCCAGUUGGGACAUGAAGGUGCCAGAAUCUAACACAGCCACACUGUCCUCACAGUUCAGCCGUGAGUUCGGCCUCCAGCCUGAACCUUCACUUGUGCUGAGCCAGCUCAUUCAGAGGCACACUGGCCCCUCAUUGCCAUUGGCACGUCAGCCCAGUCCACCAUCUCAACAAGCGGCUCCUGCGUCCGUCUCUUCUGCUCCCCAGCACAGCAGCACGUCAGCGCAGACAGGCCCAGGAAUGGCGGCUGCUGGUUCGAAACAUCCGGCCCCCGGAGCUGUGUUGGAAGCUCAGGGCUGCGGGACACCACAGCAGCAGCGGGCACAACUAAAAGGUCAAAAACGAAGGAUACCUCCGACUUCCAAGAUCCCCUCCACAGCUGUAGAAAUGCCAGGCUCCACUGAUGUCCCUGGUCUAAACCUUCAGUUUGGAGCACUAGACUUUGGCUCUGAGUCCGCUUUGCCAGAGUUUGGAGUUGUGGACAGUGCUGUCAGUGCGGCAUCCAGGGAAUCCACUCCAGCGCCAGGCCCUGUAGCGCCUGCAUCAGGACCAGGGACGCAGAGUCAGACAAGCUUGUACUCCAAACCACUCAGUGAAUCGCUGGGCAGUCCUCUCUCCGUCGACCUCCCUCUUCCCCUCUCCUCAUCUGAGCCAGUUUAUCACUCGUCUUCAGUGGCACUACCUAGUCUCACGCCCUCUACAUUAGGGCCCGCCAGUUCCAGCACCCCUCCCUCUUCAUCACUGACCACAUCUACCAUCUCGUCCUGCUCCGUACCCCCCUUCUCCUCAGUAGGAGGAAGUUAUGAUGGGUCCUUGCCCCCUCAGGCUCGACUGGCCUUCUCGCAGAGUAAAGAUGUCUCUGGCCCAGUUAUGAAUGGUCUGAAUGGAGUAAGGACCUCUGCAGCUUUAGACACAUCCUCCACACCAAAGCCUGACUCUCCAUCUCUUAACGCCAACACCACCUGCGCUCCCGCACCCUCCUCUCACUUAGCCCCCUCCACGUUGCCUGCACAAAGCUCCACCACGCUUUCCAGCUUGGCACAAGACCUUCCCUCAGCCAGCCAACUCAAUGCUCUAAACAGCCAUGUCAACAGUCAUUCCUCAGCACUUGGUUCCAAUUCUUUAACUUACACAAGCGUCGACAGCAGCAGCGUGAGCUCUCUCGCUCCCUCCUCCGCCUCCUACACAUCGUCGCAACCGCCUCCUUCAGCGCUUCACUCAGCCCACAAUAGCAGCAACAGUAGCAGCAGCAGCAUGAGCCACUUGGCUAGCAUGUCCAGCAUGGGCAACAACAUGAGCAGCAGCGUCGGCGCUAUCGUGGGCACGAGCGGACUUCACUCUGCUGCCACCAGCACAGCGCUGGGACUUGGCUCCAAUGGAGCUACCGGCACGUCCAACCUCUCUGGACCAAGGACCACACCCCUGCUUUCUUCCUCCACUGGAAAAGCCCCACCUAAUCUGUCUCAAGGAGUUCCUCCUCUGCUGCCGAGCCAGUAUAUCAUGGGUCCCGGUGGACUGCUGCCAGCAUACCCAAUCUAUGGAUAUGAGGAUCUCCAUAUGCUUCAGUCCAGACUACCAAUGGAUUACUAUGGAAUCACAUUCCCUGGCCCUACUGCAACUCUGUCCAGCAGAGAAGGGAGCCUCGCCAACAACCCAUACUCAGGUGAAGUCACAAAGUUUGGAAGGAAUGACUCCACCUCUCCAGCACCACCCACAAGCCUGGCAGCCCAGCAGCAGGCCCAGCCACAGCACCACAGCAGUCAGCAGGCCUUCCUGCCUCCAGGCUACAGCUACACGGGGCUGCCUUACUAUGCCGGCGUGCCGGGCGCCGUACCGAGUGCUGCCGCGUUCCAGUAUGGCCCCACCAUGUUUGUCCCUCCGGGAGGUCCGGGGGGACCGGCCUCAGCCAAGCAGCACAGCAUGGGUCUCAGCCUGGGCAACCCGUCUGCCAGCCCUUUCCAGCAGCAGACGCAACAGCAGCCCAGUGGUUAUGGCCAGCACACCUUCAGCUCAGGGUAUGAGGAGCUGACAGCAGGACCAGCUGGAGUGGACUACAGUAAAGGCUACAAUUCCUCCUCUCAGGCACAAGCCAAAUCUGCUGCUAGCGGGCCUGGCAAAGGUGUUUCAGUGACAUCCAGUAACUCUGGUGUGCCAGACAUCAGCGGAAGUGUUUACAAUAAGACCCAGUCUUUUGAUAAGCAGGGUUUCCAUGCAGGGACCCCCCCACCCUUCAACCUGCCAUCUGCGUUGGGGGGUCCGGGACCCUUGAAUCCAGGAGCGGCGCCUGGAGGUUAUGCACCGGCGCCCUUCCUUCACAUCCUGCCUCACCAGCAACCACACUCGCAGCUGUUGCACCACCAUCUUGCUCAGGAUGGACAGGGUGGUCCAGGUCAGCGCGGCCAGUCAAGCAGCCUGCAGCAGAAGAGCCAAGUCAAUAAGUCGAGCUACGGCAGCUCCCCCUACUGGGCCAACUGA